GUGUGUGGGCGGGCCGGUCCUCUGUGAUUUGUCCACGACCGAGACAUAAGAAUGAGGCUUACCAUCUGCCCAGGAUUCCAAUAUCAUCGCCUGUCAAACACUCAACAGUCAUCUUGAUACAUGUACAAUUCUACCAGGAAGAAGCUUAAUUAAAUCAGUCAUACACAGAUAGCAUCGAAGUGUGGCUAUGGAUCCACUGACCAGUCUCGAUUUGGCCGCUUCGAUAGUUCAGUUCACUGAUCUCGCAAGUAAAUUCGUUGCGAACGAGCAACGACAGUCAAUUGCUGAAAACGGAACCUUUGAGAAGACUGAAUUGAAUGAUGUCAAUGCUAUCAUUGGGCAAUUAUUGAUUGCAAGAGCAGAGUUACCAGACUGGAAUGAUCUAAUGGGAGACCGGGAUGACGAGGCUGAGAAGACCAUAAUGGAGAUGAGUGUCGAAUACCGAACUCUAGCUACACAAAUUAUCAGCGAGUUCGAGGUGUUGAAAGGUCCCUCCACUAGCAAAUGGAGAGCGCCCAAGGUCGUGUUGCCAACAGAUCGAAUUGAAGACUUCAAUCGCAGACUUGCUACAAUCCGCAAAAAUUUGGACAUACAUCUGAUGACUAUCAAGAAUGAUCUACUGCCUAUACAAAGAUCUGAACGUUUUCAAGAACUCGACAGUGAGACGCAGACCAUUGUCAGGGCUCUAAUUGAUGAGUCCGAAUUAAAAGUCCCAGCACCAGAACUUCGAAAUCAAGUGAUCGCAGUCCAUCACUUGUUAGCGCUUAAAGAUCGCGCAGAUUUACCAGUCAAAAGAGGUGGAAAACAGCCUACCAAUGCAAAUGUCUUGGACGAUCUACGCUCAGGGUUUGUACCAGAGAAGCGACAACAAACCGAGGAAGAGGUCAGAGAACAGGUCGGAAACCGUUUACUGGAACAUCUCAGGUUUCCAGUGAUGUCCUAUCGCAUGGAAGAAAUCCGAGAGGCUCAUACCAGCACUUUCGAGUGGAUUUUUGAUCGAGCUCCUCCUGAUGAUAAGUGGAGUAGCUUUUCUGAGUGGCUCAGUCGAGGAUACGGAAUAUAUUGGGUGAAUGGCAAGGAAGCUUCUGGAAAGUCUACAUUGAUGAAGCAUAUAUACAGCUCUCCAAUUACACAUGAGCUUUUGACGGAAUGGGCAUUGCCUCACAAGCUUAGUACGGCCGCCUUUUUCUUCUGGAACAGCGGGACCCUCAUGCAGAGGUCUCAGCAGGGGCUUCUACGGUCACUCCUUUAUACCGUACUCGUGCAACAAAGAGAACUCAUCCCAGUUGUGUUUCCCCACCAUUGGGCUCUGUUAUACUCGGGCAUCUCCGACCGCCUGAUUGAAGACUUGCCGCUUCAGCCGGGACACCCGCAGGAAAUUCAAUCGGCUUUCAGACGUCUUAUCACACAGAAAAUCGUUCCGCUCAAGCUAUUCAUCCUCGUUGAUGGUUUAGAUGAGUAUGAUGGCGAUCAUGUUGAGAUCAUUGAUUUAUUCCACAAUAUAACUUCCUCGCCAAACGUCAAAGCAGUUGUCUCGAGUAGACCUUUGCCAGCUUUCAUGCAUGCCUUCCAGCCUUUUCCGGGACUUUGCGUUAAUGACUUAAAUGGUAACGACAUCCGAGCUUUUGUAUCUGAUCGACUUGAGAAAGACAAGAACUUUCAGCGGCUUUCUGAGAAAGAGCCAAAGGCAGCUGCUGCACUGAUUCAUGAGAUAGUGGAUAAGUCAGAUGGACUUUUCUUAUGGGUAGUCCUUGUUGUUCGCUCUCUUCACUCUGCGCUGAGGAACCGGGAUGACAUUGCAAUGUUGGAGAGGAGGUUGCAACAGAUGCCUCAAGAACUCGAACUCAUGUACGAACACAUGCUGGCAGGUGUAGACCCUAUAUAUAUGGCCGCAGCAUCAGAAAUCCUCCAGAUUGUCUUAGCUAGUAGGAGCAUACGAUCAUCUCCAACCGGAAGCGACGAUGACGCGGAGCCGUUGACAUUAAUUGAUCUCACCCUCGCGAACGAUGAUCCGGAAGAUGGUAUCUCGGCGGAGAUUCGGCCAUGGGAUGAAGGAGAACUGCUUUACCACUGCGAAGAAAUGGCAAUGCGUCUCAGAGGCCGAUGGCAUGGAUUUUUCCAUGUUCAACCACAACUUAAUCGCAAAGUUGAUCCGUUCUCAAAAAUCCAGUUCUCGCAUCGAUCGGCAAGAGAAUAUCUGUGCAGACCUGAAGUACAGGAAAAGUUUCUAGCAUGCACCAAGGGGAGCAGCUUUGACCCAUACUUGUCUUUACUAAAGUCUGCUGUGCAUCAUCUCAAAAUUCUCAAUAAUCCACGCUCCAGGACUCUUCUCUGGCACUUUGUAACGGCGGCUUUGACCUGUGGACACUACUUCGAGUCGGAUAAUGACACCAAUAAGAUUUAUGACGGCCUCUUGACCCAGUUGGACAUGACAAUGUCCCAUCACCACGAAAAUAUGUUCAAGGACAGCCACGGUCACUGGUUUGAGAAGACUAUUGUAUUCAAGAACAUGACCAAGCCCGACAACGGCUGGGAAGCAAAAACGCAUGCUGCACUUCACUGGUCUAACUUUCAUCCCACCAAUCCUCAGCCGAUUGAGUGGGAAAGUUCUUUUCUGUCGCUGGUAGUACAAUAUGGGCUUAGCAAGUUUUUGAGCGGAAGGUUGACUCAAAGCAGCAAGAGCAUGAAAUCAAAGAAGGCGCGGCCAUUACUGGACUACGCAUUGAAUCCUCCUCCGGGAAUUGAUUACAAUCUGAUCACCCCAGCUGUCGUUCGUGUGCUUUUCAACCACGGAGCGAAUCCAAACCAGAAAUUUCAAGAAAGGUCUUGUUGGGAAAAUGCUUUGCGCUGGCAGUAUGAGCAAUUUGUGGUUUCAAAAGGCCAAAUAUUCGAGAUUCAAAGUCAAGGUGAAGCCCUUGCAGCAGUCCGUGUGAAGAUUUGCGAGUUGCUUAUAGAGCACGGGGCCGAUACGGGCAUUUCUUGUACUAGUGGCAAGAGAAAGCUUCCAGUGGACGUCAUGCUGAGUGAAACGUUCAAGUCUUGGACCCUUUCAGACUUGGACGAGCUUUUGAAGCUUCUCGCCAUCCAAUCAGCGUGACCCAACAGAUUCAGUGGCUUUUGGAAACGAUCAGGAAAGAUGGGAAAUAGUAGCACUUCUCAAUAACUUUCGCUGAC